GAAAAACUGAAGGGAAAUUCCCUGCCCCGGAUUUUUCUGUUAGAGAAACUUUUUCAGUUGCGCCCAGAGGCCGAUGCUGAGCUGUGGCCACCAGGACGGGGGCAGGAGGGCCCCCCACCACUGUGUGAUGGAAAUGGGUGAAGUAUUCCUCCAGCUGUGCCAGGAGGUGGCCAGGCUGCGGGAGCUGUGCUCCAGGCAGAGCGAGCUGCUGCAGAAACUGAGCGCCAGGAAGGGCCCUGUUGUGGGCUGCUUUCCCUUAAUUGCGUAUCUUGUGGUUAUCGCUGGAAGGAAGAGCCUCUCAGGUAACAGUGAUAGGAUGAGAGGUGAUGGCCUCACAUUGCACCGAGGGGGUCAGGUUGGGUAUUAGGAACAGUUUCUCCUCUGGGAAAGUGGUGAUGCAUUGGCAUGGGCUGCCCAGCGAGGUGCUGGGCCAGCAUCCCUGGGGGGAUGCUCUCUGCAGAGAUGUGGCACUUGGGGACGUGGUCAGUGGGAUGGUGGGGCGGGACGGGGUUGGACUGGAUGGUCUGGGAGGUCUUUUCCAACUUUAGUGAUUCUCUAUGAAAGCACAGAGCGCCAAGACUGACCUCUCUGGCUUGCUUUCUUUCCAAGACAUCCCCAUGUCUCUGCCCAUCCAGUGCACAGAGGAUGCUUGGACAGAGGGAGGGGAGCAGCCAGCAGCCAGCCCCCAGGUGAACCCCAAGACCUCGCAGGGCUCUGCCCACCCUCUGGCCCCACCAAAUGCUGCCCACACACUGCCUGGUGCCAGUGGUUGGUACCCAGCUUGCAGUGACCUCGGGGCUGGGAGAGCCACCCUCCCAGGGGCUUUUGGCAGCAGCCAGACGGGGAGAAAGGAGAAGAUGCUGGUAGACACAUGGCUGGAGGACUGUAGGAUGACUCCUACCACCAAUAGCCCUGAGGAAGGAGUAAGAGCUUGCUGCAGCCCACAGGAAUUUGUGGCACCGAGCAGCGAGGCUGGGCACUCCUUUCUGACUAUCCUGGACCUCUAUGAAGCCCCAGAAGCUCUUGGGAGGGAGGAUGCUCCCAGCGACGGCGCUCUGUCUGCUGCAGAAAAGGUGCCAGUGGAAAUCCGGGGACCUCUGAAGACCUCCUGGACGCCGGGGUGGAUGCUGGAGGACGCCGCGCUUGGACCUGGCGCAGCUGCGGCUGCUCAGAUGUGUGACAUUUGCCAGGCGACCUUCCCUGCAGACACCACAGCGCAGGCUGACUAUUUAAAGCACGUCUUAACCCACAUGAAGUAGGGCUUUAGGACUUCAUGCUCAGAAAGCCAUGUGUGUGCAACUGUGAGCAGCACAACGGGCUCCGGACCUGCAUGAGAUGCGGCUGCUGGGUCAGCUCAGGCUGCAGUCCCAUUUUGUGCCACCCGGAUCGGUUCCUGCUGUGCUGCCUGGGGGCUCAGCGGGGGUUCUGGCUGUGUUUCAGCCAAUUGAGCUUAAUGGGUAUCAAAACUGCUUCUGUGCUGAGCUCCAGAUGCGUGUAGGAGGUUUGGGGAGCUGCAGCUUAAUGGGAAAUGGACGUUUUUCCAAAGUUCUCUGUAACUGGAAAAUGAAUUCUUUUUUUUUUCCUUGAAUAGAGACAUUUGAAAGCUGCAUUGUUGCUUUUUCCAAGAACACAGGAGGGGGGAUCACCACGUUUUCAUGGCACUAAAUCUGAACUCGCUUUUGGAGAGGGUGCCAGCACUGCGUGCACGAUGCCACCCGCCCUGCAGCAAUGCAAAGCUCCCGUCCCAUCACUAUGAGGGACAGAACUGAGACCCUUCCUCGCUCCUCAUUAAAACCUCAUCAGCUCUGGCUCGU